AUGUGUAUGGAUCACUCACUUUCUCAGAGGAGGAAGAUAGGUGCAGUGAAGGUGUGUGUUGAGGUGAGUGCUCAGAAACCUUUAGUUGAUAGAAUCAGUAUUACCCCUGAUGAUAUGGAAGAGAUGUAUAUUGGGGUUGAGUAUUGUGGUUUGCCUAAGUGUUGUUCAGCGUGUGGCGUCUUUGGUCAUGAUUGCUUGAAGCCUGCUAUGGGAGUUACUACCAAACAAGUCUGGCGACCAAAGAGGCAGAUUACAUCGAUGCAAGAGGUCUCACCUCAGAUAGUGGCAGAAGUGGAGUCAGGGAAGGAAAGGGUGAUUGUGGAAAAAGCUGGUGAGAUAGUUGAUGAGUCUGCACAAGGGAAGGAAGGAGUGCAGGAAGGAGUGCUUGAUGAGAAUGUUGGAGGCAGUUCAAAAAAGGGCAAGGAAGUAAUAGUUGAUUCCACACCUCCAGUCACACCGAGUGCUCUCCCCUCGCAGGAGGAGUUUAACAAAGUUAUCAAUGGAGCAAAGUCGAGGUCCCUCCCAAGGAAAUCUGUUCCUAUACUGAAUUCAAAUGCUUUUGAGCUGCUCUAUGGAAGAGACAUCAAGUUACAAGCACCUCAGAAGAAACCAGGAGGACGUGAGGGGCUUAGAAGUAAGGGUGCCACUAAGGUGGCUACCAACCAUAAAUGA